AUGCCCUUCCUGCUGUCGGCGAUCGACGGCAACGUGUCGCGGCGUCCUGGUCUACGCGAGCAGUUUCCACGACAACCCGUGGUGAAACGCGAGCACGCUCAUCAAAUGGGCAACUAUCCUGCUGCAGCUGAACAACUGGUUCAACUGAAGAGACCAACUAGGCGCAACAGUUCGACCGCGAAGCGAGAUGCGGGAGACUCGGCAUCACGGUCGGCCAGCAGGGCGCUCAACUUCGAAGCUUCUCAACAUCAGAAGCCUAAUACUCGACACAAGCGUGCGUCGUGGAGUGGUCGAUAUUCGAACGCCGCAGGUGCACCACGACGGCAAUGUAAGUCGGCGAGAAAGUCGAAGGACUGCAUGAUCCCUGGCUGCACGAAAGGUGCUCGCUCGAGAGGACUCUGCAAGCGACAUGGUGGUGGGAAACGAUGCACCUUUCCAGAGUGCACUCGCAGUGACCAAGGAGGCGGAUUUUGCAUUGGACACGGCGGAGUCGGCAAUAAGGCAAGCGGUGCGCGACCGAAGGAUGCAAGAACUCGGCCCAGUCUCGAGGACUCUGCAAGAGUCAUGGAGGAGGAAAGAGAUGCCGCGCCAAAGGAUGCGCCAAGAGCAGCCAAGCAGGAGGAUUUUGCCGAGGCCACAGACCGCCUAGCGUAA